AUGUGGAAGGCUUACGACGAUUUUGUCGAAUUCGACGAUGACAACAUUGAUUGGGAUUUUGUUUUAAAAGACGUCAUUGAGGAAGAAAUCCAUGAAGUGCAUAAAGAUAAACCAUGUAGUUCAACCAGUGCCGAAAACAUACCGGAGAAACUUUUACGAGGUAAUUUCACCUCUUCAGGCGAUUUGAACUUAAUUAUUGCCAAAAACACUCGACUAGAAAUUUAUGUUGUCACACCUGAAGGGCUGAGGCCGAUCAAGGAGAUUGGAAUGUACGGUAGAAUUGCUGUCAUGGAAUUAUUUAGACCACCUACUGCUAUAGCAGAAUGUUUGACAUAUUUAGAUAAUGGUGUUGUCUACGUUGGCUCCAGACUGGGUGAUUCACAGUUAGUAAAGUUGAACAUUGAUCCCAAUGAGCAAGGUUCUUAUGUGCAAGUGAUGGAGACAUUUAUAAACCUAGGACCUAUUGUUGAUAUGGUUGUUGUAGACUUGGAAAGGCAAGGACAGGGACAGCUUGUCACUUGUUCUGGUGCCUAUAAAGAAGGUUCACUACGGAUAAUUCGUAAUGGUAUUGGUAUUCAUGAACAUGCUAGUAUUGAUCUGCCAGGAAUUAAAGGAAUCUGGCCAUUACGUGUAGAUGUCAAUACUGAUUAUGACGACACAUUGGUGCUAUCAUUUGUAGGCCAGACACGUGUUUUAAUGUUAAAUGGUGAGGAAGUAGAAGAAACUGAGAUGCAAGGUUUUGAUAGCGAUCAACAGACAUUCUUUUGUGGCAAUGUAAACAGUAAUCAACUCAUACAGAUUACUACGGCAUCCGUGCGUCUUGUGAGUACAGAAACUAAGCGGUUAGUGUGGGAAUGGAAACCACCAUCAGAGAAGAAUAUAAGUGUAGCAUCGUGUAAUACCAGACAAGUUGUAUGCGCUGUCGGCAGUGAAUUGUUCUAUUUAGAAAUACAUCCUGGUGAAGUCACUCAGAUAAGUUCCACUACACUGGAACACGAGGUGGCAUGUUUGGAUAUUACACCAACCACCGAGGGCAGUGAUGUUGCCGAAUUAUGCGCUGUAGGAUUAUGGACUGAUAUCUCGGCUAGAAUUUUAAAAUUACAAGGGUUGGAACAAAUGCAUGUGGAAAUGCUUGGAGGAGAAAUUAUUCCUCGUUCUAUCCUGAUGACUUCAUUUGAAGGUAUACAUUACCUGCUCUGUGCACUGGGAGAUGGGUCAUUGUUUUAUUUCCAUCUUAACACAGAAUCUGGUUACCUAAAUGAUCGCAAAAAGGUCACGCUCGGAACUCAACCCACAGUAUUGAAAACAUUCAAAUCUUUGUCUACCGUCAACGUGUUUGCUUGUUCGGAUAGACCCACCGUUAUUUACUCCAGUAAUCACAAACUGGUGUUCUCUAAUGUCAAUCUUCGUGAAGUCAGCUACAUGUGUCCUUUGAAUUCAGAAGGCUAUCCAGACAGCCUUGCCUUAGCUAACGACACCACACUGACAAUUGGUACCAUCGAUGAAAUUCAGAAGCUCCAUAUCCGUACAGUACCCCUUGGUGAAUCCCCAAGGCGGAUAGCAUACCAAGAAGACACACAAACAUUCGGUGUGAUUACUGGCCGUGUUGAGUACAAGGAUGGAGCAAACACGAUACCAACUCGACCUAGUGCAAGUACCAGUGCGCUUGGCACAUCUAGCAGCACUAACACAAGUAAAAAUGUCCAUGGUGGUGCUGAUAAGUUCGGGGAGAGCUCUUUCGGAGAUGAAGUAGAAAUCUAUAAUUUACUCAUAAUUGAUCAACAUACAUUUGAAGUUUUGCACAGUCAUCAGUUUAUGAACAAUGAGUAUGCCACCAGUCUUGUAUCGUGUAAACUCAGCGAUGAUAACAAUACAUACUAUAUUGUCGGUACUGGAUUUGUCUAUCCUGAGGAUCAACCCAAGAGUGGUAGAAUCAUCGUAUUUCACUGGAAUGAAGGUAAAUUAAAUCAAGUAGCUGAAAAAGACAUAAAGGGUGCUGCCUAUUCAUUGCUGGAGUUCAAUGGUAAACUCUUGUCCAGUAUAAAUAGCACUGUCCGACUGUUCGAAUGGACCGGUGAUCGGGAACUGCGAGUUGAAUGUAGUCAUUUUAGUAAUAUCAUAGCAUUGUACCUCAAGACGAAAGGUGAUUUCAUAUUAGUUGGUGAUCUGAUGAGAUCUAUGACGUUAUUGAGGUACAAACCGAUGGAAGGCUCGUUUGAAGAGAUUGCUAGGGACUACAAUCCAAACUGGAUGUCAGCAGUGGAAAUAUUGGAUGACGAUAAUUUCCUUGGCUCCGAAAAUUCAUUCAAUUUAUUCACUUGCCAGAAAGAUAGUGCUGCAACAACUGAUGAAGAAAGACAGCAUCUUCAAGAAGUAGGGUUGUUCCACGUCGGUGAGUUUAUCAAUGUGUUCCGACAUGGCUCAUUAGUAAUGCAACAUCCUGGUGAAAGUUCCACUCCAACGCAAGGAUCUGUACUUUACGGUACAGUCAAUGGAUCUAUUGGUCUGGUUACUCAGUUUUCUGAGGAAUUGUUCAGUUUUCUGCUCGAAGUACAAAAUAAACUUACCAAAGUCAUAAAGAGUGUGGGAAAGAUAGACCAUGCAUUUUGGAGAUCGUUUCAUACAGAGAGAAAGACUGAACCUACAACUGGCUUUAUAGAUGGAGACCUUAUCGAGAGUUUUCUAGAUCUUAACAGAGAUAAAAUGGGUGAAGUCAUACAAGGAUUGCAGAUUGAUGAUGGUGGAAUGAAAAGAGAUGCUACUGUAGAUGACUUAGUUAAAAUGGUUGAAGAACUGACUCGUAUUCACUAAUGAUCAAACCAUACAGUACAAAUUUGGAAAUUGGAGAACAUAGACUUUAAGUUUCACCCUGUUGAUUAUAUUCCCAUCAACAGAGAUUUGGGCAUUGUUGUCGCUUUGUUCUCAUCUUUCUGUGCCUAAAGCAGCUGAUCCAUAAACCAGUGACAGCAAUCUGAAAUACUUUUCUGAGAAGCAUAUUUUUUGGUAGUGUGUGUCAUUGAUACCAAGCACUCAUGAUUACACUGUACAUAUAAAAACAAUUUGCACUACUUUUCUUUAAAAAUGUGAAUAGUUGGUUUUAUCGUCUCAAUGUAAUUUCUUUUCAAUAUUUUUGUCUUUUAAUAAAAAUGCUUGGUGUGUGCUUUAAUCAGUA